UCAGUUUUCAGGAUCGAUUUCUACAUUUCCACCACCGAGUGGCUUCCAGAAGAGAGGGAUGUCUUGGUGAGGUGCUUUUACGCACGCUGCUCAAAUGGAUCACAGACACUCCAGAGGCAGCUGGGUACCUGUGACUGGGCUGGUCAUAUGUCUGCUUCUGUGUGCCUGUGUUGUGGACCUGGUUCUUGCGCAAAUUCGGUACUCGAUCCCCGAGGAGCUGGACCACGGAGCGUUUGUUGGCAACAUCGCCGAGGACCUGGGCUUGGAUGUGGCCAAGCUGUCCGCCCGUCGGUUCCGUAUAGUCUCCGGUGCCAACAAACAGUAUUUAGAAGUGAACUUAGAGAACGGUAUCCUCUUUGUCAACGAAAAAAUCGACAGAGAGGAGCUGUGUGAACGGAGCCCGAACUGCUUUUUACACCUACAAGUGGUCAUCGAAAACCCAUUAGAACUGUACCGGGUGGAAGUGGAAAUUUUAGAUGUAAACGACAACUCUCCCAGUUUUCCGUGGAGCGAGUUCAACCUGGACAUCACUGAGUCGGCAGCGCCCGGCUCCUGUUUCCCGCUGGAGAGCGCGCAGGAUCAGGACGUUGGCACCAACUCUCUGCGCUCCUACCAGCUCAGCGCGAAUGAGCACUUUGUGCUGAACAUCCAGACGCGCAACGAUGGCAGCAAGUUUGCCGAGCUGGUGCUGGACACACCGCUGGACCGGGAGCAGCAGAAAAAACACGAGAUGGUUCUGACAGCCUUUGACGGCGGCUCACCAGAACGCUCCGGGACGGCGGUGAUAACUAUUACGGUGCUGGAUGCCAACGACAACGUGCCUGUGUUUGACAGAUCCGUGUACCGGGCAAGUCUUGUGGAGAACGCACCGAGAGGGACCAUGGUGGUGAAGCUGAACGCCACAGACAUGGAUGAGGGAUCUAACGGAGAGGUGACCUAUGCGUUCAGCGGCCACGCACCGCUGAGGGUGCGGGAACUGUUCAGUGUGGACCCGUACACCGGUGAAAUCAGAGUGAAGGGCAUCGUGGACUAUGAGAAAGACAGCGUGUACGAGCUGUAUGUGCAGGCAAAAGACCGGGGACCGUCGGCGGUGGCUGUCCACAGUAAAGUUCUGGUGGACAUCCUGGAUGUGAAUGACAACGCGCCCGAGGUCAUCCUCACUUCAGUGUCCACCCCUGUCCAGGAGGACGCGCCGCCCGGCACAGUGAUAGCUGUCAUUAGUGUCAUGGACCGAGAUUCUGGAGAGAACGGGAACGUUGACUGUCAAAUCCCGAACAACGUUCCCUUUCAGCUCCAUUCGUCGUUUAAAAACUAUUACACUUUGGUGACGAGCGAGUUCCUCGACAGGGAAACUGUGUCCGAGUAUAACAUCACCCUCACUGCCCGCGACUUAGGGUCUCCUUCACUGUCCACCAGGAAAACCAUCCUGGUCCAAGUGUCUGACAUUAACGACAACCCGCCGCGGUUCUCCCAGCCUUCGUACACCGUGUAUGUGACUGAGAACAACGCCCCGGGCGCUUCGAUUUGCUCCGUCACUGCGUUCGACCCCGAUUCUAACCAGAACGCCUAUCUGUCCUACUCCAUCCUGGAGGGCGAGAUCCAGGGCAUGCCAGUGUCCACUUACGUCUCCAUCAACUCUGACAACGGCAACAUUUACGCACUGCGCUCUUUUGAUUAUGAGCAACUUAGAAACUUUCAUAUUCUGGUGCAGGCGCAGGACGCGGGCUUCCCUCCGCUGGCGAGAAAUGUCACUGUCAACGUCUUUGUCUUGGACCAGAACGAUAACGCACCUGUUGUCGUAUCACCGAUGCCAAAAAACGGCACCGUAGCCACAGAGGUGGUCCCACGGUCAGUGGACGCUGGGUAUCUUGUGACCAAAAUAACAGCCUUAGACGCGGACGGAGGACAAAACUCCCGGCUGUCCUACCAAUUGGUGCAGGCGACGGACCCGGGACUGUUCAGCGUGGCUCUGUACACGGGCGAAAUUCGAACCAUUCGCAGAUUGGCGGACAAAGACGCAACAAGGCAGAGACUCGUCAUAUUAGUCAAGGACAAUGGCCAGCCGCCGCUCUCUGCCACUGUGUCUAUUGUGCUCACAGUGGUAGACAGUGUGCCAGAGUCGCUGUCAGAUUUUGGAGACUUCACUCUCAGCCCACAGCCGCCCUCAAACCUGGCUCUCUAUUUAAUCGUAUCACUGAGCACAAUAUCGUUAAUAUUCUUAGUGGCCAUCAUCGUGCUGGCAGCGAUUAAGUGCUACAAGGACAGAGAGACCCUGAGCGGCUACAACCUGCCCCCCUUUGCCUGCUGCUGCUGCGGAGGGUUUCAGCCUGAGCCGCCGCCGGAGGUGUUCAAAAAAUCCAACAUCAACCUGCAGAUUUCCUCCGCUGCCAAAGUGCCCACGAACUGUAUGGAGGUGAAUGGAAAUAGUAGUCUCUCACAGUCAUAUUGUUAUAAAGUGUGCCUGACCCCCGAAUCUGCAAAAAGUGACUUUAUGUUUCUGAAGCCGUGCAGCCCCAGCAUCACACCGAGGAACAACGAGGCGAAGAGCGCAGAAAACUCCUGGAACGCACAAAGCCGGAAUGCAUCUGUGAACAACGGAGCCACGACACCUAAUGAGCUGAAGCAGCCCAAUACAGACUGGACACUAACAAAAAAUCAGAACUCUUCCAUCAAAAGUUACAACUCCAUCAACAUGGACGACACACUCAUGCACAAGGCCAUACAUGCAGACCCAGAAAACUACGUCACCUCCAUGGCACCUGGACAGUACUGGACCUGGGGUACUCGCAUAAGAGGAACAAAAGAGUAUAAGAAGUCUCCUUCACCCAGUGGGGUCACACCUCGCCCAUGGACACCCAGGUGUACACCCCCACCACAGCAGCAGCAGCCGUCGGCCCCCUCCCACACUCACCCGCACCCUCCGCCUGACUACCACCAUAAUGUAUAUAUCCCUGGGACACCAUCAGGAUUUUGCACCCUGAGGCCCACUGCACAGCGGAGUGAGCUCGAUGUCCACAAUUCCUUUUCAACUUUUGGAAAGAAGCAUCGUCUUCAGAUGUCCCCCCAGGGAGAGGCUGCGAUCAUUAAUAAUGAUCUGUACAAUGACUGAGGCACGGGUGACUGCUUGAAUUGAAAAUGGAAGCGACGGAUGACCCUGGUGAAUCCAGUGGAAGAGGCCAUUCAAUUUCUAACAAAUGAACACAUGAGUGACGUGUUUUAAAAGACAUGGACGAAGCAGGAAGAAAAAAGAAAAACAAAAAAAUGAACAGUCCAUUCUGGCAUAAAUGCUGGGAUAACAUAGAACCUAAAGGAAUAUUUAUGAGCCACUGCACCAUGCUAUUAUGCCAUAUAAUAAUAAUUAUUAUCACUACUACCAGUAAAUAUACACGUUGCUGGUUCUCCUGCAGACCAUAGCUGCCAGUGACACUUCAUGCCAAGACUAUGGAGGGGCUGCAGCAUCAGCCAGGAAAGAACAGAACAGAACAAUCAUCUGUGUUUCACCUCUUCUAUUCUGGAACACAGUGAAGACAUGGACGUGACUCCACUAUUAUUAUUAUUAUUAUUAUUAUUAUUAUUAUUAUUUGAACAAUCAAACUGGAGUGGGUAAAACGUGAUCAGUAAUCAUGAACAUACUUCUGAUAUUGUAUUUUUGGGUUGAAUGAGUUGUUUGAUGAUGAAGCUUGUGUGAACAUGACACAUUGUAUCAUAGUGUAUAUGCAAGCUGAAACUUAAAGCAAACAACUGUAAAAAUAAAAAAAGGUGGAGGUGGGGGGGCCUCUAGCAAACAAUGUACUGUAUACAGUUAUGAUAAUAAAGUAUUUUUUUCCACAUAGUCUUCAUCAUUUAAAUAACAUUUACAACUUGAUAAGAUACAACCAGCUGUUCAGUGAAUUGUUCCAUCUAGAUGUUCGUUGGGUUUCUGUUUUUCUUUUUAUUGCGGCCCUAAUUAUAGCUGUUAAAAGUUCGACCACUACAAAGGUUGGAAGCUUUUCUGAGCUGUUUCCUACGUUGAGAAAUAAACACAGUAAAAUGCUAACAUAUGCUAAUUGGAGUGCUCCCAUUUUCAUUUGCCCGCAGAGAAUAACGGGGGCUCAUUAUCUAAACAAACAGGGUCCUCUUUCUCGAAAUAUCACUUUAAUUAAAACCACCAACAUGAAUACAAGCAUUUGGGGACAUGGAAGCUUCAAAUGCC